CGUUGUCCACCGAGAAGGGAACAUUUUGGCCAGACUGCGUUUAUAAAUUCCACUUAUUCAUCAUAUAUGUUGCUAUUGUCUUUUUAUGGCAGUCCUUCUGUAGACGUUUAAAUAAACUGAUUGUGUAAACAACUUGUCUUUAACACAAAACACUUCCUUUUUUAUGUAAUUUUGUUAUUUGUAGAUGUUUAUGCGAGGAAAACGAGGGGGAUAUCAGUUUCCUCCUCCAAUGAGUAAAUAAACUUGGGCACAGGGGCGAAACGAGACGUAACCUCCUAAAAUGAUGAUGAAGCUGCAGUCGAUCCAGUGGAGAGGGCGUGCUUGAGGACGCAGCAUCAUAACGUUUGUUAAAACCCGUGAAUCGAACAAGUGCGCGCGACACAGGGCAACUUAGCAAAGAGAAGAAAUGAUCAACACCCAGGCAAGAGCUGUACUUCUGGAUUCAGCUUGUGUGCUCCGCUGGGUCAGGCAGCAGGCUCCAGGGCCUCAGUGGUGCUCCGAUGCCCCUCACCUACAGAGGAUGAACACAGAUGGGCAAAGCACAGGCAGGGACCUGACUCAGGAUGUGCUCCUUUAUAAGGAUGCGAAGUUAACUGUAAAACAGCAGGUGACCUCACUGGACAGCGAAUCAUCUAUUCUGCUUUUUCAGUAUCAGCUGAGUGAGCAGCUGUCAUGGAGUUUGCAGACUGUGCUCUCUGGCCAUAGCCUCUUUGUUGGUUUACCAAAUGGAGAACUUCUCAAAGGCACCAAAGAAGGGCUCACUGCUGUUUUGGAGUUUGCAGAGGAGAUACUGAAGAUCAAUCAUGUAUUUGUUUGGUUCAUGAAGAACAGGCCUGAUAAAUUGCUCCUCACCAGAACAUUCUGCCACCUUGGCUUUGAGCUUGUAAAACAAGAUCAUCUAAUAGCGUCCAUUGCAGGAGAUUUACGUCUUAUGGUCUACACUAUACAACAAACUCACUCGUCAGAAGAAUGACUACGAGGCCUUCAAAAUACACAGAAUUCUUAUAGACUGUUGUUAAGACCACUAAAUGCAAAAUCAGUAAACAUUAUUGUUCAAGACUAACAUUGUAGAGGGGCAUUCAGGGUACAGACAACUCAGUAACUGAAAAAAAACAAAAACACUUAAUCUUACUGAUAUUUCAAACCAACCUUUCACACUGAACAUUAAAUGUGUUCAAGUAUCAAAAUAGCAAUAUAACUGGUUUGUUGUAUGUUUGUAACACUUUUAUGAUAAAAAAUAUAUGUAAUCUAAAUUAUAGAAACACCUGCAUGCUGUAAUGUGAACUUGUAGUGGACUUUAUGAAUCAGUAAUUGACAUGGGCUCUACAACUACAAAUAAAACCAAGUUUAAUAAUUGAA